AUGGACGUGCAGCAGCCCCGAGGGCUCAGGGGGUGUGUGUGUGUUCCUGCAGGGUCUGGAACAGAGUCCGACAGCGAUGAAUCUGUACCAGAGCUCGAAGAGCAAGACUCCACACAGGCCACGACACAGCAGGCACAGCUCGCGGCAGCAGCCGAAAUAGAUGAAGAACCCGUCAGCAAAGCAAAACAGAGCCGGAGCGAGAAGAAAGCUCGGAAGGCAAUGUCCAAACUGGGCCUUCGCCAGGUGACGGGAGUCACCAGGGUCACCAUCCGCAAAUCCAAGAACAUCCUGUUUGUCAUCACAAAGCCAGACGUGUACAAGAGCCCGGCGUCAGACACCUACAUUGUCUUUGGGGAGGCCAAGAUCGAAGACCUGUCCCAGCAGGCCCAGCUGGCAGCUGCCGAAAAGUUCAAAGUGCAAGGAGAACCUGUUUCAAACAUCCAGGAAAACACACAGACCCCCACCGUGCAGGAGGAGAGCGAGGAAGAGGAGGUUGACGAGACGGGUGUGGAGGUGAAAGACAUCGAGCUGGUGAUGUCACAGGCAAACGUGUCGCGGGCCAAGGCCGUGCGAGCCCUCAAGAACAACAGCAACGACAUCGUAAACGCGAUAAUGGAGCUGACGAUGUAGCCGCCGGAGGGAGGAGCCUUUUUUGGUGUUUCAGAGAAGACUAAAAUACAGCUAAAUUUAAAAUUUGUACUAUUUCUAUCGGUUAAUAAAAGUUGUGGCUUAUUGUUGGUGAAACA